AACCCUCCUUAACCCCCCCCCCCUCAGUGCCCUCACUCUUAGACUUAACCAUGCUCAAACGCACCGUUUUGUCAAAGUCCAUCCACCUCCGGCGCUACAGCCAAUCGGCGGCCGCCGCCAUCUUCCACGACGCGGAGGGGGACGUCUUCCCUCGGCCCGACCCCAAGUACGCCGAGACCAUCGUGGCGAUCCCGCGGCUCACCUCAGGCAAGAGCAUCGCUGCCAAGGAGCGCAAGGUCGGGCGCGUCCCCAGCAUCAUCUUCGAGCAGGAGGACGGCCAGCACGGCGGCAACAAGCGCCUCAUCUCCGUCCAGGCCAACCAGAUCCGCAAGCUUGUCAACCACCUCGGCCGCUCCUUCUUUCUGUCUAGGCUCUUCGAUCUCGAGGUCAGGGCCGAUAUAUUGGACCCCAAAGAUAUCGUCGAGAAGGUUCGCGUUCUGCCCCGCCUGCUUCAUCUGAAUUCGGCCACAGAUGCACCGCUCAAUGUUACCUUCGUAAGGGCCCCUUCAAAUGCUUUGUUGAAAGUUGAUGUUCCUAUUGUAUUCAGAGGAGAAGAUGUAUCGCCUGGACUAAGGAAAGGGGCUUAUUUGAAUACCAUCAAAAGAACUGUUAAGUAUCUCUGUCCAGCAGAUGUCAUCCCUCCUUAUAUUGAUGUUGAUUUGAGUGAGUUGGACGUGGGCCAAAAGUUGGUAAUGGGAGACCUCAAGGUUCAUCCAGCCCUAAAGCUACUUCAGUCAAAAGAUGAGGCUGUUUGUAAGAUUAUGGGAUCCAGGGUUUCUGAUCAAAAGAAAUCUAAAUAACUACUUCUCUUCGGAUGUUGGCAGCCCCUCUUUUUGUUGACAAAAUUUACCACUGCCGUCAGAUGUUGCUGAGCUAACAUGUAUUAUCGACGAUUUCUUAAAUAUGUCCGGAUCGUGAUAGGGAGAGGGAGGGGCAUGAAAUGGUGGAUGUGAGCUCCCCCUCCCUCCACCCUCAUUUUUUUUUACUCCCCCUUAUUUUAUUUUAUUUUUUUGUCCCCAUUGCUUUUCCCAUUUUCUUUUGGACUGGGAAAUUUAGGGGUGUUGGUGGUGAAGGGAUGAUAUGGAGGAUAGUCACAUAUUUUAA